ACCCCCUUCCGGACCAGGACUGCGCAUGCGCCUCCCAAGUCAGACUGGAUGGAAAUUCCCGCCGACCCCCUCGGAAUUUAAAGGGCCCGCUGCCUUCCCGAAGUUGGUUUGAAGGCAAGGGCUUGUAGGUUGUGGACAGCACUUUGCCAUGGGUCCUGUGCGGUUGGAAAUACUGCUUUUCAUUUUGGCUGUGUAUGGCGCUUGGGUUGGGACGCCGAAGGCGGAAGACGAUGACACAGAACGCUUGCCCAGCAAAUGCGAAGUGUGUAAGCUGCUGAGCCUGGAGCUACAGGAAGAGCUGAGUCGCACUGGCCGGUCUCGAGAGGUGCUGGAGCUGGGGCAGGUGCUAGACACUGGCAAGAGGAAAAGACACGUCCCUUACAGUGUUUCAGAGACGAGGCUGGAAGAGGCCCUGGAGAAUUUGUGUGAGCGGAUCCUGGAUUACAGUGUUCAUGCCGAGCGCAAGGGCUCACUGAGAUAUGCCAAGGGUCAGAGUCAGACCAUGGCAACGCUGAAAGGUCUGGUGCAGAAGGGGGUGAAGGUGGACCUGGGGAUCCCUCUGGAGCUGUGGGACGAGCCCAGUGUGGAAGUCACGUUCCUCAAGAAGCAGUGUGAGACGAUGCUGGAGGAGUUUGAAGACGUCGUGGGAGACUGGUACUUCCAUCAUCAGGAGCAGCCCCUACAGCAUUUUCUCUGUGAAGGUCAUGUGCUCCCCCCUGCUGAAACUGCAUGUCUACAGGAAACUUGGACUGGAAAGGAAAAGAUCACGGAUGGGCAAGAGAAGACAGAAGGGGAGGAGGAGCAAGAUCAGGAGGAGGAGGAAGAAGAGGAAGGGGAGGAAGAGAUGAUCAACAUACCAGGGCACUCCAACCAUGACCCAGAGGAUCUUUGACUCUUGCCUUUGAGCCCCCAGGAGGGGCAGGAAUCAUGGAGAACCCUCUGAAGUCUGAGCUCUCCCUGCUCCAUAUAAGGGCGUGUGUGUGUGUUAGUGAUCCCACCCCAGAGCUUGUAACUGUUCUCUCCUAUCUGGUCUCAGGCAGGAUCCUGGUGGUGCAGCACGCCAUGGCUAUGGGGACAAAGGUGGGAGCAGUAGGCAGAAGGCCUGCUCCAACAGAUGAGUCCUCUGCCUGCCAUCUAGCCCCUUAAUUGGCAGGUGUGUGUGUGUGUGUGUGUGUGUGUGUGUGUGUGUGUGUGUGUUGACAGUAUUGAAGGCUUUCCCCUUUAAAUCUCUCUACUACUUCCCACCCCACCCAGAGGUCAGUGAAGGCAUUGGAGCCCUGGGUCUUGGGAAAGGCACUUUGCCUUCGGGGGUCUGUUUUUAGAUCCUUACAAGGAAGAAGCUAGCAUGGACAUUCUCUACGACCUAUACACACUGCCUGCGUCUAGGAGGCUACAAGCCAAUAAACUGAACAAGAAGGGGACACUAUGAGGAUGAGGCAAUGUUGAUAAGUUAGGUGGAGUAGAUAUUUGGUCUACUUCAUACUAAUUUCACCGAGGGCCCACCAUGUAAUUUCACAGGUGCCAAAUUUUCUACAUCGCUAGUAAAACUUU